AUGAAAAAAGUGACACAGCAGGUCGCCUUCACCUCGCGCCUGCUCACCACCUCCGGAGUCCCAGGCCUCCCCAAGUGGUCUCAGGCCUCUCCAAGUGGCCUAGGCCCCCUCAGUGGUCGCCAGACUCUCCAAGUGGUCCAGCAGACCUUCCAAGUGGUCCAGGCCUCUUCCAAAGUGGUCCCCAGUGCCUCUCCAAGUGGUCCUGCAUUUGGGUCCCACUCCCAAAGUGUCCCUGGCCUUACCAAGUGGUCCCAGGCCUCCCCAAGUGGUCCCAGGCCUCCCCAAGUGGUCCGCCUCCCCAGCUUCCCUAAGUGGUCCCAGGCCUCUCCAAGUGGUCCCCUUCCUCCAAGGGUCCCACCUCCCCAAGUGGUCCAGCAGGUCCGCCCCAGUGGUCAGGCUCACCAAGUGGGUCCGAAGUCCCGGGGUCCCAGGCCUCUAAGUGUCCCAGACCUCUCCAGUGUCCCAGGCCUCUCCAAGUGGUCCCAGGCCCAGCCCCAAAGUGGUCCCAGGCCUCCCAAGUGGUCCCAGGCCUCCAAGUGGUCAACAGUGGUCUCCCCAAGUGGUCCCAAGUGGUCCUCCUUACCACCCCAAGUGGUCCCAGGGUCCUCUACAGAGUGGUCCCAGGCCUCCAAGUGUCUCCAUAAGGGUCCAGACCCCCCAAAAGUGGUCCAGCCUCCCAGAGUGGUCCAGGCUCCCCAAGCCUCCCCAAGUGGUCCCAGACCUCCCCAAGUGGUCCCAGACCUCCCCAAGUGGUCAGCCUCCCAAGUGGUCCUCUACCAGGCCUCCCCAAGUGGUCCCAGGUCUACAAGUGGUCUCCUCCAUAAGUGGUCCCAGGCCUCCAAAGUGGUCCCAGACCUCCGCCAAGUGGUCCCAGGCCUCCGCAGUGGUCCAGAGCCUCCCAAGUGGUCCCGGCCUCCCUUAGUUCCUCCCCAACUGGUCCCAGGCCUUCCCAAGUGGUCCAGGCCUCCCAAGUGGUCCCAGGCUUCCCCAAGUGGUCCCAGGCCUCGCCAAGUGGUCCCAGGCCUUCCCCCAGUGGUCGCCAGGCGCUCCCCACGUGGUCCCAGACCUCCCCAAGUGGCCCAGACCUCCCAGCCUGUCCCAAGGCCCCUAGGUGCUUCCCAAGUGGUCCCAGGCCUCCCCAAGUGGUCCAAAGUGGUCCCCAAGUGGUCCAGCCUCCCCAGUGGUCCCAGGCUUCCCAAGUGGUCCGAGGCCUCCCCAACUGGUCGCAGGCCUCCAAGUGGUCCCACGGCCUCCAAGUCCUCAGACCUCCCCAAGUGUCCCCUCCAAGUGGUCCAGCUCCCCAAAGAUACCUGGUGUAUAAUCCCACGCUGGAAUCCCUGGUAUACCGAACUUCACAUUUUACCCAAUCAGCUUCGAGAGGAUUACAGCUUGGUAUCCCCUGAAACCAACGUUUUCGAAAUAGAGCUCAAUAGAGAGGGUGAGAUAGAGCAAAGUUAUAUGUACAAAGCUUUCGGGUCGUUCAGAUUUGUAUCAGAUUUGUAUACCAUGCGUGAUAUUUUAAAGAGUUGA